AUUCUAGUAAACUCUUUCACUUGUCAGGUUGUGACUUCGGCCUUGACAUCUUUCUGACCUUAAAUUUUGCAAUUUUUAAAUAAGAUUUGCCCUAAAAAAAAUACUCUUUCACUCAGCGCGUUAAAUAAAUCCAGAUGGCAUUGCGUGUACCCAAAGGAACUCUUCCUCAGUUAUUCAAAGAUGGAUAUAAAUUUCAACAAGGAGUAGAAGAAGCUGUCCUUCGAAAUAUUGAGGCUACUCAUGAACUUUCAGAAGUUGUUAGAACUUCUUUAGGCCCUAAUGGUCGUAACAAGAUGAUCAUUAAUCAUCUGGAAAAGCUUUUCGUAACUAAUGAUGCUGCUACCAUCAUCCGUGAGCUUGAUGUUGUUCACCCUGCUGCAAAGCUCCUUGUUAUGGCUUCUCAACAGCAAGAAAGUGAAGUAGGAGAUAACACUAACUUGGUUAUUGUGCUUGCUGGUGAACUUUUACAAAAAGCAGCUGAUCUACUAAGACUUGGUCUUCAUCCUUCUGAAGUGAUUCAAGGUUAUGAAUUAGCAAGAGAUCGUGCCUUAUCUAUUCUUGAAGAAUUGACCGUCGGCAAAGUUGAAUCAUUAACAUCACGCGAUGAGCUUUACAAGAUUGUCAAAGCAACUAUUUCUUCAAAGCAAUAUGGUUAUGAAGACUUUCUGGGAGGUUUAGUGGUGGAAGCUGCUUUAAACAUUAUGCCAAAGAAUCCAAAAGACUUUAAUGUUGAUAAUGUACGAGUUGUAAAGGUGAUGGGCUCCAGUAUUCACGAAUCUCGUGUGGUUCGUGGUAUGGUCUUUGGCCGUGAGCCCGAAGGAAUUGUACAAAAUGCAAAGAAUGCCAAGGUGGCUGUAUUCACUUGUCCUUUGGAUAUCUCACAAACAGAGACGAAGGGAACUGUCUUAAUACACAAUGCUCAAGAAAUGUUAAACUUUAGCAAAGAUGAGGAAAAGCAGGUAGAAGGUAUCUUUAAGGAACUUGCCGAAGCAGGCGUUAAGGUUGUUGUCACUGGUGCUGGUAUUGGAGAACUUGCACUUCACUAUUUGAACAGAUACAACAUCAUGGCUGUCAAGGUGCUGUCAAAGUUUGAUUUGCGUCGUCUCUGUCGGGUGAUUGGAGCAACUGCACUAGCCCGCUUGGGUACACCCACAGCUGAAGAGAUGGGUGAAUGUGAUAUAGUUGAAACUGUCGAAAUUGGUUCUGAUCGUGUCACUGUUUUCCGUCAAGAAGAAUCUGACAAGUCUCGUACAACGACUAUUGUCAUUCGUGGUGCUACACAAAAUCACAUGGAUGACAUUGAACGCGCUAUUGAUGAUGGUGUCAACGUGAUUAAGGCUGCUACCAAAAAUCCUCUGUUGUUAGCUGGUGCAGGUGCUGUUGAAAUGGAAUUGAAUAAACGUCUUCAACAAGUUGCUGCAAAGACGCCUGGGUUGAAUCAACACGCCAUCAAAAAAUUUGCUGAAGCUUUAGAAGUCAUUCCUCGUACAUUAUGUGAUAAUUCUGGUAUGGACGCCACUGCUGUUCUUUCUCGUCUAUAUGCUGCUCACUAUCAAGAAGGUGAUGCUGGAUUAUGCACUGGUGUUGAUGUCGAGAAUGACAAUGACGGCACUGUGGAUGCCUCAAAGGCAGGCAUUUUUGACUGUUUUGCUUCUAAGCACAAUGCUAUAAAAUUAGCAGCUGACACAGCGAUAACCAUUCUUCGUGUGGAUCAGAUUAUUAUGUCUAAACCAGCUGGUGGUCCAAAGCCACCCAAGAAGCAGGGCCACUGGGAUGAAGAAGAUUAACUAAAAUAAACUUGCUUCGUACUUGUUAAAAACUAUAUGCUGUUUUCUUUUAUUUCUUCUAUUUUAUUGAGCAUCCAUGUCAAAUAAGU